CUAUCUCCCGGCUGCUGCCCUAAUUUCCUCCUCCACGGCAGUCACUGCCAUGCCUUGGCAAGCACCAGACGGGCCGGCGGAAGGCAAAUGGUAGCCUCAUCCUUCGUCCUGCUGGCAUCCAUGACCGUUGUCCCCUCUGGGUCCCUCUGCAAGCUAAGCUUGACUGGAACGCAGAUCCGUCAAAUGGGGGAUUUCUCUGGCCAGCCCACCUGCACCUUUCUGAUUUGGGCCGUAUGGAGUAUCUCCGUGUCUCGUCAAUUUUACCCCAAGGCCGCUCUGCUUUAUUUUAUUAUUAUUUGCCCUUUCCAGAACCUUUCCUCGACCGUU